AUGCAAUUCCCAACCAUCAUCCUCUCCCUCCUCUCCCUCAUCCCUCUCGUCUCCUCCACCGCCUGCGUAGCCGGCGGCCCCGCAAACCAAGUCACACAAGCCGGCGCUUGCUGCAAAUCCCAAGGCGGUACCUGGUAUCAAUUCUACCCAAACCAAGCCAUCUGCGUCGUCGCCGACCCCAAGUUGGGCUACUACAAGGGAUGCAUUUCCCGCACUUGCAAUAGUGAGCUGGAUACCCGUUGUAUCCCAGGCAAUGGAGAGGGUCUCAGCACUGCGUUCGGAAGCGCGACGUAUACGGGGCCAAGGGAGACUAUUACUGCUUCUCCAUAG